AUGACAAAGGCCUGGCGGACAGAGCAGGCGCUGGGAGCGCACCUCCUGCAGCAAUUUUGCAGACACAAGCAGGCCGUGCCGCUCUUGUGGGCAGCCGCAGACGACUGGAUGGAUUACUAUCGCGACCCUGAAAGCAUCGAGGCGGCGGCUGCUGUAAGGCGGUGUCUGGCGCUGCUGACAAAGCAGGCACAGCAUGAACCUCAGCCAAAACCACAGCCAGAUACGUCCCGGACUUCCCAAUCUGAUGUUGGUGCGCAUGCAACCCAGAUGAAGGUGCGCCAAGAUCUGGAGCUGAGGGCAGCAGAGGAGGCAGCGCACAGAAUUCGAGCUCAUCAGCUGCCACGGACAACUUCUGAACCCAGGUAUGCCAGAAUCCUGGCACAACAGGCAGAGAGGGUGCGCAACUUCCACGAGCACUCCAGGCAAGUGCUGGAGGAGUUGGAGGGGCCGUUCUCUUUCUAUGAGCGCGACAAGGAGCGCGCGCUUGCCGCAAGUGCUGCUGCGGCCGCUAUUGCGGAGAAAGAGGCCGCGCAACCAAAGCCAGUGUUCAGGGCCAAACCAGUUCCGGCCUUCAUUCAGAAGAGAGCGCAGCAGUUCAGGCUGCAGCGGCAGCAGAGACAAGCACUGGCAGCCCUGCAGCAGAACCUGCAAGCCCCAGUUAAGCCCAAACAGCCCAAGCCUUAUAAGGCACUGCCAGCUCAUUUGCUGCAGCAGGAGAAAGCGGUUGAUCACUGGGGAGGGAGAGCAUCAGAGCAGGCUGCAGCAGCCCCAGUGAAUAGAUCUGUGUCUUCAGUGAUGGAAGAGGUCAGGAGGCUGGAGGGCAGGACAGCAAAGGCAGCGCUCAGCAGAAGGGACCUGAACAUGGGCAGGGCCGUUGCUGACAGGCAGGGGGGAGCCAUGGAGGCCCUUGUGUACAAGGCAGGAAAGGUGCCAAAUUUUGGGGCCCUGCAUGCGCUGUGGGCGCAGAAGCUGGCUGCUGCCAGGGCGGCGGUGCAGAGGCGUCUCACAGUGCCAAAGGAGUCCAGGCUCACAGCGCCGUCUGUGUCUAAGCGGCGUUUGGUGGCAACACCAAGCCACACAAAUGCUGAAAGCGCCGGCAAGGAGCAUGCAGUCACGGAAAGGGCCAAAUCCUGGUUGGCCAGCUCAGUGAGGCUGCAGCGCCGGACUGAUCUGCUACUGGAGAAGAUUGCCCUUGUCAAGCAAGGAUGCAACAGCAUUGUGGAGCAACUCGACUUGUGA